AUGGCUCCCAUUGGGACCUCUCCAUUCAGGCCGAGGAGUCGAUCAGGUCACGCCAACCGCUCUCCGUCUCCGCCCCCUCUUCCUCCAAAGUCCAACAAUGCCGAUGCUGCUUCCUCCACCGGCUCGGCCACCAUGAUUCCGAGUAGGAGCUCACGGAGAGCCUUCCUCUGCGACCUCAUCAUCGACUCGAACGCCACCGGCCAGCAUACCAAUGCAAUGCUUUCCCAACUAGGACAGCCUCUCGAGCGACCUAACUGCCUGCCCCGGGCAGCCGAGCUCCCUCAGCCCCAGAACUCGUACGCCGACGAUAUCAUGGCCAUGUCGGCCGCCGGAUGGACUGCCUCCAAACAGGAGGAGAUGGACCGCCGUCUCCAGUCUCUCAUGGAAGAGCUAGUGCGCACCGAGAACAGCUAUGUGUCGCGCGUGCUCGCCUUGCAAAAAAACUACUCGAAGCCUCUCAUGAACUUCUCACGAGACUCACAGACCCGGAUCAUUAAGACAUACGAGGUCCGACGGCUGUUCAGCAACGUCGAUGCCGUUGUUCCGGCGGCGUUGGCGUUCCAGGAAGACCUGCAGAAGAUGUGGGCUGGGGGACGUGCAGCCGAAAUUAUUGGUGAUCUGUGCCUUGACCAUCUGAAGACGCGAAAGACCAUGGAUCCCUACCGCACCUACAUCUCGAAUCAAGACGAAGCCCAGAAGGCCUUCCAGGAGCUCUACAAGAAGGAUGAGUUCAGGAACUAUGUCGAUGCAACAUCGGACUUCGGGAACUCCUUAUGGAGCCCGUGCAGCGCAUUCCCCGGUACACUCUCCAUGGUGAAGUGCAUGUCGCCCAUGUCGACGCAGCGGGCAAAGCUGGUCGAGGCCAUCGAGAUCGCGUCACGGAUAGCCCGAUGUGACCCCGACGAACAGACGCUUCGGGCGACCGUGCAGUACUGCCUAUCCCGCAACAUUGACGGAUUCCCUGCCAAUAUGUUCAGCAACAACCGCGACUACAUUGACUCCAUCGACGUCGAAGAGUCCAUGGGCGACCUGUACGGCUCCCGAGGACGGCACGGGCACAUGCACGGUUCCUCUGUGUCGUCGUUGGGCAGUCUGGCGUCGCCAGUGAAGGAAUCAUCAUCCGGUGGACCGCCACCUCUUUACUGCACGCUGUUCCUGUUCGAUGACAAGCUGCUCAUCGCCAAGCGCCAGUCCACAAGCGUGAACGGUCGGAAAGUUACCGGAUUGGAAGAUGUGUCCAAGCUCGUGCGCUCGGGAGGCGGUGUCGCAGUGAAGGAAAAGGAUGGAGCCAAGAACUGGAAGCUCAGCUACCGCGGUACAGUCAACAUCCUGGACGUUAUCGCAGUUGACCUCGGAGACGGCGACUUCCAGCUCUUUUUGGAGAAGCCGCUAAUGGACCAGAGUGACCGAUGGAGUGGCCGACCACUGCGAACAUACACUGCCGUGAACCCUCCCACACCUAUCGGUCUUGACCCUGCGACUGCGCGGAGCGACAAGCUGCGCUUCAUCCAGAAUCUCUGGGCCCUCCAGGCUAUGGCACGUACCAAGGUGCUUCCCUCGCAACUUAAGGAGAUUCCGCGAGUGUUGACCUCACACAACGAUGUCUCGAUGGACAGCGAGCACAUGCGCGUCAAGCUGUACUGGAACCUGUGGACCCGUAAGGGCUGGGAGUCUGAGCACACAAAGGCCAAGGUCGCCAUGCAGGUCUCAGACGAGAAUGAGGAGAGGUCUCAAAGUGAUUUGACAUGUCUUGGGCCUCCAAACCUUGUCUUCCGCCUUGUCGCGAUCGAAGGCGAUCUUGUCCGCAUCGCUUACUCGGGUCCGAAUACAAUGCUUCAGACCACGGUUUGUCACCUGGAAGACAUCAACAUGCGCUUGGUUAGCAUUAUCUCAGACCAGGGGUGCCUGAAGUUUGACACUAGCAACAUUGUUCAGCCCCAUCUUCUGAGCACCCCUGGAAAGCGCGCUUCGCGACUCAACUUCCUCACUGGCACAGCCAGCUCGCGCAGCAACUUUGGCGGCUCCAGUUACGGCUCCUCGAUCAACAGUCACAUCUCGACAAACGAGGCCAAGUCCAUCUCGUCAGCUGGUCGCUCGCCGCUGUCGCCGCGGUCGCCUCGUUCUCCGACAACCCCACAACGUAAGGCGAGUGGCGCAAUCGAUAUCCCGCCUCCGCCCGUGCGAGAAGAGGAGGAGGAGGCACCCCUUGGCACCGUGUUCCAGAGGGCGCCGCAACCACACUCGCCCGGCCAGAUUCCGUCGCCGGGCUCAAGGAUUUCGCGAGUGCAAAUGAUGAGAGAACAGAUCGAGCUCCGCCAGCACAACAGUCUGGAGUCGCCUUCCACUCCGCCGAAGGAUUUGCCCAUUAGAAACGGGCGGUCGCCAGUCCGAUCAGGCAUUGCCACAUUCGCUCAGUCCAUCGCAGGCAACGAGUCUAGAGUCCUCUCUCCGUCGCCAUCGAAGCCUAAGAGGAUGGAUGAGCCCCUCGUGUUCAACACUGCGGCGUCGAACCUCAAGAGGACGGACACCCUGCUUUCCCGCACCAACACCAUGUCUCCCCGAGGGCCGAGACGCAACCCUUCUCCGCUCAGCCUCGCCCACGAAGAUCCCGUCGCCGACGCGAGUUCUGUCGCCGGGCCCGACGGCCACGAUCCCGUCACCGAGCCGAGUGCUGUCCCCCGGCCCGAUGAGCAGUAUCCCGUCGCCCAGCCGAGUUCGGUCACCCCCGCCAACGAGCAUUCCCUCGCCCAGCCGAGUCCUGUCGCCUGGUCCUCCCAGUCGAGCGCUUUCUCCCAGCCUCCCCCGGCCGCCUAG